AUGACAAAACCGAUCAAGCCCGUAUUUGGAAAACAAAAGCAAACUGCCAAAACUACGCUUAAAAAAACUAAAUCAGCACCUAAAAUCCGAAAGGAGCCCAAGAAGCCGACCAAGAAGACUGCCAAGAAACCGUUAAUAGUCACACCUCCAAGGCAAAAGGGUCCAUUAACAGACGAACAAUUCGACGGAUACGAAGAUGACAUUGAAGACUUGGAAAUUUUUAAGGUCCAUGGUUUCUCGAUGAAAGAUUUGGGGGUGAACAACUCAACUAUCGAUGCAAUUGAGACAGAAGAGAUCCAAGGCGAGCUUGACGAAGAUGGAAAUUUCAUCGAUUUUCCUGAUGACCCAGAAGAAGAAAACAAAAUUAUCAAAGAGCCACCUAAACCUCCUAUUGCAGAGCCGAAGAAACCAGAUUUUGCAAAGCCUGGAAAGAAGACUACUAAACCAAAAAGAUCAAAAAGGAAGGCCCCAGAGCCCGACGCCGAUGCUGACGUGAAACAAGAAUAUGACCCCGAUGCUCCCCCUUCAACUAAGCAGAAAGUUCGAAAGCGGCAGAGCAAGCCUCGAACAAAACGGCCGGACACUUAUAAAGAAAGAAUUAAAAUGGCGAUUCGGAACUGUGGAGGAUCAUCGGCGGUCCACAUGAUUUACAAAUUCAUGGAAGAGAAAUGGCCAGAAGACUACGUAGCCGACAAAAGGCAGCAAUGGCAGAACUCGAUUCGACAUAAUUUAUCCCUUCAUAAAAAAGACUUCCGACGAAUUCAUAAAAAUGGCCGGCAAGAGUGGGCAGUAGUCGAAGAGGAAGGUCGGUUGAGUGCAGUUCCAACAGAAGAAGAUGAAUCCACAGCUCGUCGAUCAAGAAAGAAAAAGAACCAACAAAAACAAAUCGAGAGUUUGAAGCCACAAAAAACUGACCUAAGAAUUCCGCUUAACAAACAGUUGCUCGAAGCUCACAAGAAGGGUUCUCGAGAAGUGGUCCUUGUCUCCCAGCGAGAUGCGAUUAUUCUCUGUACUUUCUACCAGUAUUUCUUCUAUGAAUUGGGAAAUACUGCAGCAUGGAUGCAACGAUUGACUUUCCAGGCAAUAGAAGAAGAUGAGCGACCACGGCGGCUCUGCCCAGGAGUUGUUCCGAUUCCGACAUCAGAACUCAUCGCAAAUACUUUGGCGCACGCCAAGACCAACGAAAUCGAGGAGGAAAAAAAGAAACAAGAACUGCAAAAACAGAUUAAUGAAGAAGCAUCUUCGCCAGAACCCGAAGUUUCUUCAAACUCAGAUUCGAUCGAAUCGACUUCUCCAAAGCCAGUUCUGAUUGAACCUAUGAAGAUAGUUCAGGAGCAGUCUAAUUCAACUGAGCCCACCAAACUUGUUUCUUCCAAUCUGACGCCAGCAAAGCUGUUAGCAUCCCGAUUCAAAGAUGCCUUCAACAAGACUGUCAAGGAUGGAAAGACUAUCACGCCUGCCAAACCCUCAGUUCCCAAACAACCAGAAAACACAAAGCAAUCAGAAGAUAAACCUGCGCCAAAGAAACCAGUUUUCGGUCGAGCUAGAAGGCCCGUUUUCAAAUCGCCCUUCAUCAAAAAAGAAUGA